ACCCCCCCCCCCCUCCCCUCCUUCUUUCUCGUUUCUUGAGCUCGCAACCCCAGCAGAAAGAGAGAGAUUCAAAAUUUUUCCCCCAAAAGCCCUCGUCUUUCCAUCUGUAUGCCAAACUUACCCUCUUCUCACCUCCUCCUCUUCCUCCUCUCCUGAGUUAAGCAAACGGGAAUUCAAAAAAGCAUGAUCGUUAGAACGUACGGUCGGCGAAACAGAGACGGAGGAAGCCUAACGAGAACCUAUUCAGAUUCAUUAGACGACGACGACGUAGCUGACCAUAAUUACUCCUUCAGCGACUCCUUUUCUCUCUCUCAAGAAACUACCCAAUCUAAUCAAGAUUUCUUCAGCCAUAACUUCCCUCUCUCUUCUCAAGAAUCCACCUCUUAUUCUCUCGAUCUCGAUCCCUACAAUUUCGACGACAAUCCCAUCUCAAACGGCGUCGUCCCAAGAAAAUCGAAGAAGCCGAGGCGUAGUAAGUCAAAAUCUGAGAGAAACGGUAUUGGGAAUUCUAAUCUUUUGACUAGCUCGACGACGUUAAUGGAGGCUCAAGAAUUUGGGGAAAUGAUGGAGCAUGUUGAUGAGGUUAAUUUUGCGCUUGAUGGGUUAAAGAAGGGACAGCCUUUGAGAAUUAAGAGAGCUAGUUUGUUGUCUUUGUUAGGGAUUUGUGGGACUCAACAACAGAGACGGCUUUUGAGGGCUCAAGGGAUGGCCAAGACAAUAAUUGAUGCUAUUCUGGGCCUCAGCUUUGAUGACUCAACAAGCAAUCUGGCUGCUGCUGCACUCUUCUAUGUUUUGACGAGUGAUGGUCAAGAUGAACACAUUUUAGAGUCUCCAACUUGCAUCCGUUUUCUUAUUAAAUUGUUAAAACCCAUCAUUUCUACUGCCACUGAAGAUAAGACUCGAAAUAUAGGCAGUAAGCUUUUAGCAUUACGCAAGGAUUCUGACAUCUUACGAGAUACAAGUAAACUGGCAGAUUCUAGCUCUACUGCCAUUGCUGCCAAAGUUCAGGAAAUUCUUGUUAAUUGCAAGGACAUGAAGUCACAUUCCAGUGAUGAUAGUAGAACAGAGAGGCCAGAAUUGACUCCCAAAUGGAUUGCAUUGUUGACCAUGGAGAAAGCUUGUUUAUCUAAGAUAUCUUUUGAAGAUACAUCUGGCAUGGUAAGGAAGACAGGGGGGGGCUUUAAGGAAAAGUUACGAGAGCAUGGAGGACUUGAUGCUGUCUUUGAGGUCACCAUGAACUGUCACUCUGUUAUAGAGAGGUGGACAAAACAUAAUUCAUCUUCCAUUCAGGAUACAAAAGAUGACAUGUGUCACUUGAGCCUGGUGCUGCUUCUGAAAUGCUUGAAAAUUAUGGAAAAUGCUACAUUUUUGAGUAACGAUAAUCAGACUCAUCUGCUUGGAAUGAGGGGGAACUCAGAUUCUCAUGGGCAUCGGCUAUCUUUUAGUAAAAUCAUAAUAAGCAUCAUAAAAAUUCUAUCCAGUCUUUAUCUACUUAAGGGUUCUCCCGCUGCUUCCAUUGAUGGAAACCAUUGUAGUCUUUCUGAAAGGAGUGAUAAUGUUUCUGAUUUGGCCUUGAUUGAUGACGACAGAGCAAUAGACAGCAAUGGGGUUAUUUGUAUCAGUUCUUCUACAGAUUGCUGCAAUGAAGAGAGGACCUCCUCUGGGAAACGCUUAAAUGCAUAUUGCUGCAAUGAAGAGAGGACCUCCUCUGGGAAACGCUUAAAUGCAUCUCAGAAUUCCAUUGCUCAGUUGAGUCUUUCUGCAUCCAGUUCUGAAACUGCCACGCGAUUUAUGAAAAAUACUUGUCAACUGAAGAUGAGAGUCCCUUCCAUGCCCAGUUCAUGUAGUGAGACAUUAAGGAGUUAUGAUAGUAAUAGGUUGAGGACCAAAUUUGGUCUUGUUGAAAAAACUAAUUGUACAAAAGACGCCUGCAGUGACUUGUUAGAUGAUAGCCAAGAUCCUUAUGCAUUUGAUGAAGAUGAUUUUCAGCCCUCAAAGUGGGACUUGCUAUCUGGGAAACGAAAAAUCUCUCGAACUCGUAAUGGUAGGGUAACCCCCAGAGAAGUUGAAAAUGGGUGUCAAUAUAAGCUAACGAGUCAGGAAGAAUCAAGUAAUGGUGGAAAUGGCCUACACAAAUCAAGUAACAGGGAACAUCAUCAUUCACAGAAAAGCUCUUAUUGCAAUGUUCCUGAUGAAGAACAUUCCAACCUUUUGGCAGACUGUCUUCUCACUGCUAUCAAGGUUCUAAUGAAUUUAACAAAUGACAAUCCUAUUGGCUGUCAACAAAUUGCUGCUUGUGGAGGACUGGAGACUAUGUCUUCAUUGAUUGCUGGCCACUUCCCUUUGUUCAGUUCAUCUAUAUCUUUCUUUGGUGAGAUGCAAGAGGACAGUUCAAGCAUUCCACUCGAAAAUCAGAAUGAUAUUCAUCUUACUGAUCAAGAGUUGGAUUUGCUUGUUGCUAUAUUGGGCCUACUUGUGAACUUGGUAGAAAAGGAUGGGGAUAACAGAUCAAGGCUUGCUGCAACAAGUAUUUUGCUGUCAAGCUCAGAAGGGUCAGAAGAUGAGAGUCGCAAGGAUGUAAUUCCACUACUGUGCUCCAUCUUUCUAGCCAACCAAGGUGCAGGUGAUGCAGCUGGAGAAGGAAACAUCGUGUCUUGGAAUGAUGAGGCAGCUGUAUUACAAGGAGAGAAGGAAGCAGAGAAGAUGAUUGUUGAAGCUUAUUCAGCACUGCUACUUGCAUUCCUAUCAACUGAAAGCAAGAGCAUACAUGAUUCCAUUGCUGAUUGCCUCCCGAAUCACAACCUGGCUAUCCUUGUUCCUGUGUUGGAGAGAUUUGUGGCAUUUCACUUGACAUUAAACAUGAUAUCACCAGAGACUCAUAAAGCUGUGAGCGAAGUGAUUGAAUCAUGUAGAAUCCGAUGAAAUACUUGCUUUUCUGGUUACUCAUUUAGAUGUGAGCAAUGUGAUUGAAUCAUGUAGAGCAUGAUGGAAAGUACCAGAAAUGCAAAGCUUUGUACAGCCUUUUUUUCUUUCAUGUCAAGUCUUUUUUGUACACAGAUGGUUUUAGCUUGUCGUAGCACACCAGGGAACUGACUGCAAGCCUGCCUUGGACUGAUUUACCUUUUCCAGACUUCCCCACUUUCUUUUCUUUCCUUUUACCCAUAUUCCAUAUCAUUCUUUUUGUAUGACCUAGGCCGAGACGCGAGACGCUUUGUAUACAGUAAUGAAAGCAGAAUCAAAUUGUAUUUCUUUGUGCAUGACAUCUAUCUGUAUGCUCUCAUCAAGGUUUU